AUGAUCCAAUAUGACUAAAAUUUAAAAUCAGUUGGUCCAAAUGUAAUUUAACAAAAGAAUUGUUCUUGAAAAUGCACUCGACAAUCAUGAAUUUUACCAUUACAAAAUGGACAGGGCUCUUCAAUUUCAGCCAUAAUAGACUCUAUUUUGUGAAGCUACCUGGAAAGAGAAGAAGGUGAAAGAAAGGGAAAGAAAGCUGACACAGAAGGCUUGGACAAGAAGCCCUUCAAUAUGUUUGCUGUUGCUUAAAUUGUAAUAAAAGUAAAAUGCAACACAGAGAGAGACUUUCACGUCAACCUUUUAAAAGCCAAAAUUUCAAACUCAGAUUGAUUUUGGUUCAGAACACACUUCCCAUCUCACCCAACCCUGAGAGAUCCCCUCCAACCACAGCUGAAAAGAAAUCACAGCAAUCUUCUUCCACUUAGAAAUACCCUCAAAAACAAUGUAGACACAUUCCCUUGUUCGGUUGAUGAGAAGUUCCACACCAAACCCAACAUGGCAAAGAGAUCGGAUUUUGCUCAGAAGCUGUUGGAUGAUCUCAGAUUGAGAAAGGAGCGGAUGGCCGCUGCAUCACAAACCUCCAACCGUUCCAAAACUACGACGAUAGAUGCAUAUGCUUACUCGAAACAAAUUCACAGAGGAUCAAAGAACACUAAAACACAUGGAAUGAGUGUUCCCAAGACUGGGAGCACAGCAAACACAAGAUAUGGUGGAGGCAAUAAAUCACUGAUGACUGAAAACAAUUCAAAUCAGAUUGUUCCUUACACUAGAGGCCGGAACUCGGAACAAAUAGGAGACUUGUCCAUGGCCUUGGCCUUUGCACUAGAAAAUGGAGGAAAACUAAGAGGAAAUACUUCAUCGGGAAACAAUUUGAUGUUGGGUUUUCUGCAACAAAUUGGUAGAAGGUCCUUUGAAAUCGGGAAAAUGACUAAAAGAGGCAGCCUAGACAGGAACCACAGUGCAAGUGGAUACUUUCCAACCAUCUCGCAUCUUCAUAUUAAGGAGAUAUCAAAAGGGGCACAGAAACUGAACCAGAUUCUAAGAACCUGCUCUAAUGGUCGUAAUUUUGGCACAUGUUCCAUCGAAAUUGGACAAGAACUAUUGAAGGGGGCCAUGGAUUUGGAGGAGUCCUUGAGGAUGCUUGUGAACUUGCAUGAAGCUUCAGAGCACAUGAUCAACCCACAGCAGAAGAAUAGGAUAGUACUUUUAGAGAAUGAAGAAGAUGCUGAAGAAAAUAAAGAUGAAACACCUGAUCAGAAAUUUUACCAGCCACGAUUCUCCUUGGACAAAUUCUCGCUAAAUUCACACAGCAGCCAAGAAGUCAAAGGAAAUGGUCAAAAUAAGAAGUUAGCAACCCUGAGAUACACUGCAGAGGGAGUAAACUUCAACCGUGAAGAGCAACCUAUGACUACUGUAAAAUUAAGUUUCCAUAGAAGAUCAGCAACCUAUGGCCAUGAUGUAAAAACUUCUAACACACAAGAGAAGGUGGGAAUUUCAAAUGUAAUUGCAAAACUAAUGGGGCUAGAUUACCUUUCAGACAAUUCAAAUUAUACACAUCAGGACUCAGGUUCCAAGCAAAAGGUCACACAAAAAGAUCUGCAGCCAACAGCCAGGGGGAUCACCAGAAAGGCUGAGCCAAGGACUAAUAUUAAAGAAAGUCGGUCCAAUUCAAGAAAUCCAAGACCAACCAUAUCAGAAAAGAAUUCAGCUUUAGUGAACACCAUAAUUGUUCCACAAGCAGUGAAUAACUUUCCUACAAAUGAUGCAAGUCUUCAAGCCAUCACUAUUCGUGGGAAACCAUCAUGGAAAGACAUUGAAGGAAGAAGGCCACAAACAAGCCCAUCAACACCAACCAUUACAGUAUUUAAACAACAAAACAAAAAUGAAAUAAGGCAGAGAGUCACAAGUCAGAAGGACCAUCAGGAAGGACUUACAAAGCAGCUUCACAUAAAGCACAGGGAGCAAAAAGGAACAGACAGGGAUGAACAUAGAGAAGUAUUAAAGAAUGGGGUGCCUCAGAAGGAUUAUCGGGAAGGUGAUAUGAAGCAUCAUCACCAAAAGCAUAGGGAGCUAAACACCACGGAAAGGGAUCAAAAGAGAGGAGAACUUAAAAAGAACGGAGUGCAGCAGAUGGAAGCACAAUUGCAUAAAAAAUCGGAACAUGCAAUCAUAUUGCAAGGAUACAAAGAAAGAACCCCUCCAAUAGAAAAGAGAUAUCUAGACAAACUUCAAUCAAGAACGCAGCAACAGCCCCCAAACAUUCCCAAAAACCAGCAGCCACCUAUCCUCCAUAAAGUAGAGACAGGAGAAAUAAAUCAUCAUACAGAAGAGAAGAAACAGAGGACUGGAAAACAGAUGGUGCAGGAGAGAAAUCAAAAGAGAAGUGGGGUCACUUCCAAGAGUUUAACAAAACCAGUUCAUGACACUUGCACAUUUCCAAAGAAACAGCAGGAUAUGAACCAUGUCAGACAAAGUAAGAAAAGCUGCAAAGAAACCAUCACUGCUCGACACUCUAGCUCAGUUCCUAACAAUAGAUGCCCUGAAAAUCCUUCCAGAGAAAACAACUGCUAUGAUGCAAAUGACAAAACAACUGAGAUUACCCACAAGACCGUAGAACAAAGUUCCGCUUCAAGGGACUCAGAAACUACAUUCGGAAAAGAGCAAGUUGUGGAAAUGCAACAUGCUAAGGGACCUGUGAAAAAUGACCCCGAAUCUACAAAAAUGCAGAAAAGUGAGGGGCCUAUAAUUAGUGAAACAUAUACAAGGAAACAGAAAAGUCCAACAUUACAGGAAGUGGAACAAGAGAAACGUGACAAAAUAAAUGCAUUAGACCGAUGUGUUAACAGGGAAGCCCGAAGGCUGUUCCCGACCCUGUCAGGGGAGAUGCCAACCAUCUCUCCUUUAAUCGAACACGACAAAAUAAAUGCAUUAGAUGGACCUGAAAUCCUUGGAGCCAAUGGAUCUAAAGAAGUGGAAGCUCGUAUGGUGGAAUCCGGAGUAACAGUAGUAAGCGUCCAGCCACCGAAUAGCACACAAGAUUCGCGUGAAGAGACUGAGCAGGUUUUGACACUACCCAGUCCUGCUGGAGAUGAAUGCCAUAGCUUGAAAGAGCCACAAAUAUCAGCUCCAGAUGACAGGUAUAUGCAGUGCCAGAAAACAAUCCCGUUCAGUACUAGCAGUCAGCAAGAUCAAAGAUCAGUUUUGGGCAGAGGUGAAAUCAACAGCUCCAAAGUUGUAAUAAAUGCAGUAGAGGAAGCAGAAAAAUACAACAUGAACACCCUAUAUCCCUCACACUUAGCGGACCUGCACAGUCUUUCCAAGUCAAGAAAACAAGAGACACUGACAGAAAGUGAAAACCACCUUAAGCAGACGCUUAUAACAAGUGAAUGGUUCCUGAAUGCAGCAGAGGCACUUUUCAAACUCAACAUUCCCAGCUUCAUUCUUCAUGAAAGUGGCCAUGGCCAUCCAAAAAAUGGCAGAAAUCUCACAAUUGAUUGUAGUUACGAGCUCAUGAAGCGAAAGGGUAUACGUCAAGAGCUCAACAAUCGUCCUUGCACAAACAUUUCUUUGAGGUCCAAGAAAAUAGGAUCUCUGGAUGACUUGAUCAAGCAGUUACAUAGAGACGUUGAGGCAUUCAAAUUCUACGGUAAGAAUGGUGACCUGGAAUGUGAAGUGCAAGACUAUUUACCCAAAAUGCUUGAAAUUGAUAUCUAUAACCAGGAACCUGACUUGAAUAGUAUGUGGGACAUGGGAUGGAAUGAGACCACAUUAGUAUUUCUUGAAAGAGAGGAAGUUGUAAGGGAUGUUGAGAAGCAUGUCCUAAGUGGACUGCUUGAUGAAGUUACAAGAGACCUUGUACAUGUCUGUCAUCUUUUGACGAAAAGAUGGGGCAUAGAAAUUUGAGAAGAAAAGUUCUUCGAUUUAUGAUGUAUUUGGUUGAUUUUAAAAUCUGCCAAUCGUAAUAGUAGACACAUUAACUCGUGUUUGUUGGUUUUGUGAGUUGUAACAGAUAAGUUAUAGCAGUGUUCUUUAAAUUGUGCAAGUCAAGAAUGUUUAUACUUCCUAUUUUUAGGGAAAGCCAGAGGUAUUUCCAUUAA